GGUACAUGCUACUAGCGUAGCCGCCAGUGUUACCGUUCUGCGUAAUUGAGGGCUUUUUUUGCGUAAUUGGAGGGUCGCUGCGUAGUGGCUGCGUAAUGCGUAAUGCUGCGUAAUUGGAAGAAUUCUGCGUAAUUCGGCGUAAUUCGUGCGUAAUUGAAGUUUUUUAAAAAUUUCAGUUUCUUAUCGCGGUUUUUAGCCGCGUAGCGUCCGUUUUCCAAGAAGCGUGAAAGUGAAACAUUCCUGACGCCACGCCAUAGAAGUACUUACAAUUAGCCUAAUGAUUUUGUGUUAGCGUUCAUUUAGUUCAUUAUGCUGGCGCCCUGUCUGACCAAUUCGCUCGCGUAAUUUUGCGACUCCAACCAAAAAGUAGUCAGCAGGUAACUCACUUUAUUUUGACUCACAUACUCUGCCAUUUUUCGAGAGGUUAGUCGACUUUGUCCUUGGUGUUUUGCCAUAGAAUAAUAAUUAGCUAGUAUUAUUCUAUGGUUUUGCGUUAGUAUUUUUCGGAACUUACCACUACAUAACCACCCUCAUCCUGUAACCUUUGCUACAUGAUGUCCGCAUCUUUAGUGUUUUGAGCAUUUCGGAACAAUCAAGUGACCAUCCACCCCUCAUGGAACAUUCGGUGUCUUCCUUCAAUUUCAAGUCCAUCACUCUGGGUGAGACAGAUCGUAUAGUCGAAAUGAAUAACGUUUGAUGGCGGAAUGAUUCACCAUGGACGAAAGUGAAGCAAACAGUAGUUUUAGUGACUCUGGAACUGAAGAUCCCCUAGAAGAGCUUCUCCAAAGGAACUUGGAUGCUUUUGUGAAACUUCAAGAUGAGCGCAUUGCAAUUACUAAGUAUAUUUCCAACCUUGCCAAACUGAAACUCCGCAUUGACAAAGAUCCUCUGCUAGUUGCAAGUCAGUGCCUUGCACUAAAAACCAGAGCGCCUACUUCUUUGGAAGCUAUCACACAGGUUCCCCCGGACCCAAGCUUAUAUUGCGAUAGUGUUAAUUUUCAAAACUACAACACACGGAAAGUCCAUUCAAAAGAUACAAAGGAAGUAAGACUGAAACAGCUCUCCUCUCCCAAUAAUUCAGGAAGCUCUGAAAAUAAAGUACGCGGCAAAGUAGUGGCAGAUGAAACCAAACCAAGCUUUAACAAGCUCUGGUCGGAAGACGAACAGCUCUUGUUUGAGCAUUUACUAGAUGUCUAUCCUCUCGAGAAAUCCGAGCUAGCCAGGUGUAAGAAAAUUGCUGAUGCUAUGGGUACGAGAACGCCUCAGCAAGUGCGAAGUCGAAUGCAGAAGUACUAUCUAAAGUUGAAGGUCUUCAAUAAGUAUCAGGAGAAGGCAACAGCGAAAUCUACACUCUAUAACAACAGACAUUUAGCCAAUCUGUCAUAUAGAGUCAACAAUAAAAUGUUCCGCUCAUCCACAUUUUUACCACGCUACAAUGUUAGAGAGAGCAUUUUCAAUGACUGCAUGGACUCUCCAUCCCGACGUGAUGAAAGUGUUGUAAAAGCGGAAUUGGAUCCAGAACUUAAGUCUGAAAUAUUAUCUCAGCUUGAAGAGUUUCAGUUGCAAGAUUCGGAUGAAAUGUCUGCCGAACACAUCGGAUAUAAGUGUGCAGCAUGCGAAGAAGACCCGAUUGUUGGCCCUCGCUGGCAUUGUGUCUUGUGUAUUCGACGCACUGAUCUUUGCUGUGCUUGCAUGAACGAGUAUGUCAAAACUCCGGAGGUUUUUGCGUCUGAGCAACAUCAAAUCUCACACCCCUUUGAAGUCAUCCUCACGCCCAUUUCAGGUACUUUUAACGACCCGGACUAUUUAGUAGAUAAUUUUGAUUCAAAUAAUUAUUUGGAUCCUAACUUUUUACCAGAGUAGGUCAUCCUCUAUUUCUUUGAUCAAUUUUCAAUUACAUGUUUGCUGCUGUGUACGUGUUCUUCAAACAAAGAAAUAUUGUAGAACACCUGUAAAGUUUGUAACUUGCAGAUAAUUACUUGCGUUUUACAUCAUUCUUACAUCAUUUUUUGAGCGUUUCCCAAAACCACACAAAGAAGGAAAAUGCAAUAUUAGUGUCGAUAAUUUCUUCAAUCACCAUGCCAUUUUUUUAAUAUUCUAAUGGGUCUAUAGCUUGCUUAAUGCAGGCUUCAUCAGCUUUAAUAAGUUUCAAGGCUUAGGUGCAUAAAUCACUCAUGUUCUGCGAUUUUAAGCCUCCCAGUUUACUAUAGAAUGCGGUCGGAGAGACAAUCAAUGCAGGUAUUCUCACAACUACAUCGCCGAAAUUUAGGCUCAAUAUUCACUCCUCAAAGAGGAUACUAUGAUAACUGCACACUCCCCUACCCAUUAUUAAUUUGCAGCAGAAAUUCUCUUCACAUUCAGCCUCCUGUGUUGUAGUGGUUGUAGCAAUGGCCCUACAACCAAGAGGUCCCAGAUUCGAUUCCCGGCCAAGUGACCUGAGUUUGAUGGUCUCAGACAAUGGUCACCUGGGGCUGGUGGUAAGCGUGGGAUUAGCCAAUGGGUGCUAUUUGAAGCUUUGGAGAAAAAAAAAAAAAAAAAAACAUUGAUUAAAAAAGAUUUUCAUUUGAAGAACUUCAUGCUCUGAAUGGACAAAAGGCCUGAAUCAUUUGCGGCAUCUCUGCUUUCUGGCAAGUGAUCGUUAUCUCAAGUCAUUACAACCUUCUUACCUAGUGGCAAGAGCAUUUAAUCGUGAGGUAUGGGUAGUCAGGUGCUUACGUCGCUAGCUCUUUUGUAAGAUAAAUAAGUAGGCUUUCCUACCAUACCCUACGAAGCCCUAUUGGACGCAGAGUGUUGUAUGUACCCACUCUUCUACUAGAAAACAACAUCUCAAUGUAGCACGUCCUUCAGCUUUGCAGCUGAUCCAACUGCAGCAGCGGCCCGGUUGUUGGAUCGAGCGCUGAGGCUGCGUGGGGCUCACCUGCAAGCCUCCAUCCCGUCCACUUAUCACGGGAAACCGCAAGGAAAACCGCGCCGUGAAUGCGUUCAGACGCCGUACAAAGGGUAGCCCUGAGUUGAGUAUGUGUCAUGCUAUCUGCAUCACCCCUAUAUUUCUUUCAUUCAAGCGGUUCUUGUACGGCGGCUCAUAGAACUCAUCGGUUUUUCACAUCUUUCGGAAAUCUUUGGUGUUUAUUUUCUAUUGUUUUAGAAAACUGCCAAAAAUUGUUCCUUCUAAGCUCAGCUUGACAUGCCAUUAUGUCUGAGUUUCAGUUGAUAGAUUUUCAGUUUUUAGUCUAAUAAAGAAGCGGACUGAAAUUUAAACUGCAGAAUCAGUUCAAAAUGUAACAAAUCAUAGAAACGGAUUGAAAAAAGAGAAAAGAUUCUCUGAGAAAGAGAUGUCUGUUUUGUUUCGUUCCAUUGUAAUGAUUUUCUCAAAAUACUUAGCUGAAAUAACCUGAUAUAGACGUUGCCUGUGGGUGAACUCUUCGCCAAUUCGCUGCCGAAAGUCAUAGACUCUCUCUUCAAUACAUCGCUCAAACCUAGUACACAUGUUGUGCAAGAAGAAAGGGUAGGACACAAUUCCUUACAGGUGAAGAUUUACGAAAGUGGAAUCGUCUCGGCGAAAUCGACCGAGGAACCGACCAAAAAAGCGAGUAUUUUAUCUUAGUUAUUUUGCAUGGCGAGAUUGCCGUCUUAGUUCUAUUACUAGUAUUUUCAAUCUUUAAGUCUCUUUAUGGUUGUAUCACAGCCUGAACAGAAGAUUUUUACCCAUGCAUUGUUACAUUAAUCUCAAAAGCGUAGAUUAGGUAAGACAAAAA